AUGCAGCCUACUUUGGUUCUUCAGGUCCUCAUGGCCGCCUCUGUGGCCCAGGCCUCGUGGUUCAACUUCCACAAGGAGGAAGCUCGCGAUGGACUUCUAAGGAGACAGUCAGGAGGCACCUCUGCUGCCGCCGAGACCACAACUUCCGCCGCCGCCGCGACGACGACCACAUCUGCUGCCGCAGCUACAACCACUUCAGCCGCUGCUGCUACCACAACCACUCCUUCCGCCGCCAGAACCACCACCACCCCGGCCGCUACUCCCAGCGCAACCACUCCCGCUGCCACGACGACAACUCCCGCUGCCUCAGCUGAAUCCACGACUUUGAAGACCAGCACUACAUCUGCUGCCGGAAACUCGGACACCGCGAGUGGCGAGGCUGCUUCCUCUACUCCCACUACCACCGCUCAGCCUGUUACCUCUACCAUCAGGACCGUCAUCACAACGACCAACUCUGCUGGCGUUGCCACUUCCUUCACUUCCGAGUCGACCGUCACCAGCACACCCGGACUCAACGAGUCUAACUCUGGCUCCUCUUCUUCCGGCAUGUCAUCACAAACCCGCAAUACCGUUAUUGGUGUCGUCGUUGGUGUCGGUGGUGCCAUCGUUCUCGGCGCUCUGGGUUUCGUUGCCUGGAGAAUCUGGGGCAAGAAGAAGCAGGCGGAGGAGAACGACGGCCUGAUGGAAUACAACAACCAGUACGGCAACGAGGCCAAGGUCGAGGUCGGCAGCGCCCAGGGCUCCACCGGCCGCACGCCUUUCCAGUCGACCCUCGAGAGCUACCACGCACCAAGCCAGGUCAACGCGUCGUCCAACUUCUAA